AUGGCGCCAACUUGGAUGUUGGGCGCUUCCCUCGCCCUUCUCGCCCAUGUCCAUGUCACUCGAGCUUCGCAGCCUGGAGCCGUGAAGCCCGUUGCUGCACCGAUGCGUGACUUGGCUUGGGGUCAACUCAACUUUUUGCAUACCACAGACACACAUGGCUGGCUGAGCGGCCAUUUAUUAGAACCGCAAUACUCGGCCGACUGGGGUGACUACAUUUCAUUCUCUCAACACCUGAAGAAGCGAGCCGACGACACCGGUAGCGAUCUUUUGCUAGUUGAUACGGGAGACCGAGUCGAGGGAAAUGGUCUUUACGACGCAUCGACUCCCAAAGGCCUGUUUUAUUACGAUGCUUGGGCAGAACAACAUGUCGACAUCAUCUGCACCGGGAACCACGAGCUGUACCAGGCUGCUACGGCCGAUUACGAGGCGAACACGACCGUCCCCAACUUCAAGGAUAAAUAUAUCGCCUCCAACCUCGAUUAUAUUGACCCUCAAACAAGCGAGCGCAAGCCCAUGGCCCAGCGAUACCGCAAGUUCAAGACCAAGAACCAGGGUCUAGAAGUUGUAGCCUUUGGGUUCCUGUUUGACUUUACUGGCAAUGCCAAUAAUACUAUUGUGCAGCCCGUCGCCGAGACUAUCAAAGAGAAAUGGUUCCAAGAUGCGAUGCGCGAAAAGGCAGACCUCUUUGUUGUAAUUGGCCACGUUGGCCUGCGGAUGGAGGAAUUCCGCACCAUCUUCACAGCCUUGCGAAAGCAAAACUGGCAUACUCCCAUUGCCUUCUUUGGCGGCCACGCUCAUGUGCGAGACUCAGUGAAAUACGACUCACAAGCUUUUGCCAUUGCCUCGGGGCGGUAUUUCGAAACCAUCGGCUUCAUGUCCAUUGAUGGAAUCAAGAAAAAGGCCACUGAUGAUGUCUCUGCAGAAGCAUCGCUCAAGUUCAGCCGCAAAUACAUUGACACCAAUCUCUUUGGCAUGUACUAUCAUACUGGACUCAACGAGACCACUUUCCCCACCGACGAUGGCAAGCGUGUAAGCAAACAGAUUGCUCGCGCACGCAAGGCGCUGAAUCUCGACCAAACCUACGGCUGCGCUCCUAGGGAUCUGUGGAUGAGCCGGGCCCAGUACCCUGCCAACGACAGUAUCUACUCGUGGAUCCAAGACGAGGUGUUCCCCGAUGUGGUGGUAAAUGAGAAGCGCAAGGACAAGUCUCGACUGGCGAUUAUGAAUACCGGAGGCAUCCGAUUCGACAUUUUCAAAGGACCCUUCACUCGUGACUCGACCUACAUUGUCUCGCCGUUUGUGAGCGGCUUCAACUAUGUGCCCGACGUGCCGUACAAUAUAGCCAAAAAGGUCAUUACGAUUCUGAAUGGUGCGGACAAGAUUCUGAGCACUCAUGGUGCUGAAACCAAAUUCAUGGCCAUUCCUGAAUUAAUGUUUACAUCAAAACAUGGCCAGUCACCAAUCAUGACUGAGGAAAAUGAAGGUGAUGAGAGGCUGGAAUUGCGCAGUGUUGAGCCAGAUCUCAUUAGAGGCUACACCACCAAGGACGAUAUUGGCACAGAUGGCGACGAUACAGUUCAUAAAGCAAUUCCGUUUUAUGCCACUCCCAACUGCGUCCAAACGGAGAUAAAUUUCCCCAAAGAAGGUGACCCAGAAACCGUGGACUUGGUCUUUAUUGACUUUAUUCAGCCCUGGAUCAUUCCGGCGUUGAAGUUUGCGGGUGGUGAUUUUAGCAGCGAUGAUGUCAAGGUGUACAUGGAUGGCACGCUGACUUACAAGUUGAGCCAGUGGAUUAGCAAGAAUUGGCCGCGCAAGUGUUGA